AUGGAAACCCACACUACAUAUGAAAUCUGCACAGCAUCUAAUGCGACACACUUUGACGAGUGGUCAGUGACUUCCUCCUACCCCCUUGGUGACCGGUCCAAGCCAAAAGUACGAGGCUUGCCCACCGUAGGAGUCCAGCCCCAAUCAUUUUUACAGUCAGGAUCGGGAUUUGCUGGAUUCACUGUGUUGCCCCCCUUCCUCUCAAGGUCCAGUUGGGAAUGGGUAGCGGCUUGGGCGCUGAGUAGAGUGCAAACCUUGCGUGGCGGCUGCACCAAUUUUCUCGUUGGUCCUGUUGUUCUGGUCUAG